CGCUGAGGGGGAGCUAACGGCAUCGCCCCCGCCGCGCCGGGUGUGGGGCGGGCGGGCGGCACCGCCGCUCCGGGAGGGGCGGGGGCCUCCCCCUCGCACCCCGAGCCCGGGCUCGGGCUCGCCGGCCCCCUCCCCGCGGCGGUGGCGGGCCUGGCCGCUCUGCGGCAGCGGCGGGAGGCGGCCCCGGCCCCUGUGCCGGCUGGGGGGGGCUCCGCCGCGGGGGGUGCGGGGCCGCUGGGCCAAGGCGCCCCCUUUCCCGCAGCAGCAGCAGCGAAGGCCGUUUCCGAGCGGGGCUCCGGCCGGGGGCAGGGCAGGGCAGGGCCGCUCCUCCCCGCCCGGCCCGGGGCACGGCGCCCCCCGCACCGCCCGGCCAGGCCGCAGCCGAGCUGCGGGUUCCCCCCCCCGGGCGGGCCGUGCACCCCGGCCCCCUCGGCAGCCUCCCGGGGCUCUAGCGAGUGACAGCAGCGUCGUCUGCGGUAACCGCGGGCCACGAUGGCGGCAUCAAACCUGGAGAACCAGCUGCAGAGCGCCCAGAAGAACCUGCUGUUCCUGCAGCGCGAGCACGCCAGCACGCUGAAGGGGCUGCACGCUGAGAUCCGGCGCCUGCAGCAGCACUGCACAGAUUUAACCUACGAACUGACUGUAAAGAGUUCAGACUUGUCAGGAAAUGGUAGUUCAAGAAGCGAUGAACUCAAAAGAAAGUGCAAAGAUCUUGAAGCUCAGCUGAAAGCCAAAGAGGCUGAAAAUAAUGAAUUAUUGAAAGAACUCGAACAAAAGAAUGCAAUGAUAAUGGUGCUGGAAAACACUAUUAAAGAAAGAGAAAAGAAGUACUUGGAAGAGUUAAAAAUGAAAAGCCAUAAGCUCAAUAUGCUGUCGAGUGAACUAGAGCAGAGAGCGAGCACUAUUGCGUAUUUGACUUCUCAGCUGCAUGCUACGAAGAAGAAGCUGAUGAGUUCAGGUGGGACUUCAGAGGGGACCCCUUCUGGCAGUCCCGUGUUGUCCAGCUAUAAGCCGUCCCCUCCCAAAGAUAAACUGCCGGAGACCCCACGGCGCAGGAUGAAGAAGAGCCUGUCGACGCCACUGAACCCCGAGUUUGAAGAGGCCUACAGAAUAGGGUCGGAGAGCCGGAAGCUGCUGUUACGAGAGCCGGUGGAUGCCAUGCCCGAUCCCACCCCCUUUCUCUUGGCCAGGGAAACAGCAGAGGUGCACCUCAUUAAGGAGAGGCCGUUGGUUAUUCCACCUAUUGCUUCAGAUCGUGCACCUGGCGAAUCACACAGCCCUGCCCGUGAGAAGCCGCACAAGGCCCACAUUGGGGUGGCGCAUCGCAUCCACCACGUUGCGCCGUCCCAGCCGCAGCCGGAGGUUGAAACACUGGCAGUGGAUCCGGUCCAUGGCAGCAAGGUGGUCAGAAAGCACUCAGGGACAGACAGAACUGUUUGAGUAGAAUCACUGAAAUGCUCUGUUCUGUUGCUGUUUAUGCACUGUGAUCCUGUAGGAUACAUAGCACCUGCAGUAACGUUUCUUUUGAUGCCCCAUGCAUGCCAAACUUGUUCCAGAUACAUCAUAAAUAGAUUACGCUCCUCUAAUGAAACCUAAUAGGACUGUGUUCAUGUGGCAAGGUAAAUAACUACUAAAGCUGUGGCCAAAUCAGGGGUACCUGAGCGCUUGCUUCUGAGCACUGCUCCAUGUAUUGUAACUACACGUGUGGACAAAGGCACGGCCUGCGUUAGUAGUCGAUGUUAGUGAAAGAAACUGAACUCUAAACCUGCAGUGAUACGCACUGGCUGUUAACAUUGGAACUGGUGGUGGGUCUUAUGUCUGCACUGUGUACCUAAGCCCUUCACACACACACGCACAGACGAACCUCCCUGACGAAGCCUUUCUCAUAGUAGCAUUGAAAAUACUGUAGAUGUAUGUACACUUUAAACUGAACUAAGGACAGCUUUUCCCUCACGUGCACAUACUCUGAUGGCAAAUUCUGUCUGUAGGUUCUCUGUCUCAAAACUCAGAGUCCCAGCAAGCAUUACUUGAUUAAUCCUAAAUAAUUUGGUUUGUGGAUUUGUUUAAGUAACAAAUGGGGGGGGGGGGUGUGGGCUAAAGCAC